AUGUUGUCAGCUGCGUUGAAGAGUUCCGAUUACGUAUGGUUUUCCUUAGUCAUUCGACAUGCUUCUACUAAGCCACCUGCUUAUGAUAUAGCCAUUGUUGGUGGUGGGAUUGUAGGUCUGGCUACUGCACGUGAACUAAUUCUUCGUUAUCCGAAAUUCAGAUUCGCUGUGUUAGAGAAAGAAAGUGAAUUAAGUAUGCAUCAGUCUGGUCACAACAGUGGAGUAAUUCAUGCUGGAAUAUACUAUGCUCCGGGUUCUUUGAAAGCAAAGCUGUGCGUGGAAGGUUUAAAGAAGUCGUACGAAUAUUUAGAUGCUAACGAAGUACCUUACAAGAAGUGUGGGAAAUUAAUCGUUGCAGUCAAAGAUUCAGAAAUUCCCCGUUUAGAUGAACUUUAUAGUGAUCAAAUCAAAGAUAUUGAACCGAAUUGUGUUGGGCUAAAAGCCAUUCAUUCUCCUGAAACUGGAAUAGUUGACUGGAGAAUGGUGUCUUUAUCUUAUGCAAAGAAUUUUGUCUCUUCUGGGGGGACUGUGUAUAAGUCUUUCAACGCGAGUGAAAUUUCUGAAUGUACUGAAAAUGUGGAUUAUCCAGUUCUUAUCAGGAAUAUUCUUAACAGGUCGGAAAGUUCUAAUAGUCAUGUCUCAGAGAUCACAUGCAAAUAUGUUAUAACUUGUGCAGGUUUACAGUCUGAUCGCAUCUCUCAGAAAACUGGCUGUUCUCCACAUCCUGCAAUAAUGCCGUUCCGAGGUGAUUACUUGGUGUUGAAACCUGAGAAGUCUUCUUUAGUCAGAGGAAAUAUAUAUCCUGUUCCGGAUCCACGCUUUCCAUUUCUUGGUGUUCAUUUUACUCCACGUAUGAAUGGUUCCAUUUGGCUUGGACCAAAUGCAAUUUUAUCGCUCGAUCGGGAGGGUUAUGGCAGGUUCAGUUUUAAUUUCAAGGACUCAUGUGAUGCUCUUUUUUAUUCUGGUUUCCGAAAACUUGCUUUUCGUUAUUUGAAAUUCGGUAUCAGUGAAGUAUUGGGUGGAUUAUUUAUUGGGCGUCAGAUAAAACAACUGCAAAUGUAUGUACCUAGUUUAAAAGUUGAAGACGUUGUGAGAGGCCCAUCAGGUAUAAGAGCUCAAGCAGUUGAUCCUAGUGGAAGCUUGGUGGACGACUUCAUCAUUCAUUUUGGUGAUAGUACAAUCGGGAAAAGGGUUAUGCACGUACGCAAUGCACCGUCUCCGGCUGCUACAGCUUCGUUAGCUAUUGGUCGUGUUCUUGCUGAUAAAGCACAAGAACACUUCCAGCUUCCUCCUGGCGAAUCAAGAAACUUUGCUUAG